UUGAUAAAAUAGAUGGCGUUGUGUUUUAUUUCAUAAACCUAACUUUUCAAAUGAAAAUCUAUUCAUUUGAUUUUUGUUUUUAUAUUUUAAAAAUUUCAUUUUUAUAAAUUCAUAAUGGAAGAUGAUGAAAAUAAUGAAGAGGUGGAAAAAACUAACACCAACAAAGAGAUGGAUACUGAAGCAGCAAAACAGCUUGAAAAAUUGAAUGAAUAUGUUCAACAAAUGGCUUAUAGGCCCACUCAACCUCCAAAAGGAUCGGAUCGCACGGAAUCCCUAUCGAAAGCACCAAAGAAAUACUUUGUUGGAACAUAUUCCGAACACAAGGAUAAUUUAAAACCCAAAGAGCGAUCAGAUCGAAUUGCCGCAAUAGUUCAAAAACAUACACCAAUGACAAUAGAAAAUUUAGAAAAAUUUAUUCGAAAUCACCGAAAGAAACAAGCUCAGCAGGAGAACGACAAGAAACAACAACAAAUCAAAUAUCAUGAGACACUUACGAAAUUACAAAAACAAUGCGAAAAUCAACUAAUGAAUGCAAUUGUCCAUAAGUUUGCUAAAAUCGUUUCGAAAAAAGCUUCAGUUAUAUUACCAGCAAGUUCUGAAACCGAAAGUUGUCAGCGUCUUCAAAAUGCAUUAGUUUGUAAUAUGAUUAUGGCUUUGAAAGUUCCAAACGAUCGACAAACAAGAGAUCUUACAGUUUACAAGAAACUAGCUGUAGUUUUUGCCGAUUUAAUAUUUCAAGCAUUAUUUUUGGCUAACAACAGCGAUUAUAAGAAUUUUGCGGAUGAUCAAGAGGAACAAUUGCCAAAAAAUAAUGAAAAAGAUCUAGUUAUCAAGAUGAGAGCACUGAAGGCAGCAAAGAAAAACAUUUAUCAAAAUCGUUUGAAAAGUUCAAGAGGUUGUGCAGUUUUAUCUCAUCGUUUAAAUAAAUGACAAAUUACUUAUUAUAAAUAACUUUAUAAAAAUAAUCUUGUAUAUUGCGGACUUUUCUAGAUUUACAUCCGUGGACGUAACUGUGAUUCUUUUGUAAAAAUAUUCCUUCAAAAUAAAUUGAUUUAAAUAACUAA